AGUGGGACUUGAAGGCGACAUGACGUAGAAACCCUGCGACGCACAUGUGAGAGUGGAGAGAAGCGAUGGCUGCUGACAGACUGCUGUUCCAUGAGAUGGGUUUAGACGAUCGACUGCUUAAGGCGGUUGCAGAUCUAGGUUGGUCCCAGCCGACCCUGAUCCAAGAGAAGGCCAUCCCUUUGGCUCUGGAGGGGAAAGACAUUCUGGCUCGAGCCCGAACAGGAUCUGGAAAGACUGCUGCGUACGCCAUGCCUGUCAUACAACGCAUCCUGGCCUCCAAACAGAGUGUUCGUGAGCAGGACGUGAGGGCUCUGGUUCUGGUUCCAACCAAAGAGCUGGGUCGGCAGGUUCAGACCAUGAUGAGACAGUUGACGGCGUUCUGCUCGAGGGAUGUGCGGGUGGCGGACAUCUCCGGGAAGGCUGAUCUGUCCUCGCAGAGACCUAUCUUAAUGGAGAAGCCCGAUGUGAUCGUGGGGACGCCGUCCCGCGUGCUGGCCCAUCUCAACGCCCAGAACCUGGUCCUGCAUUCCUCGCUUGAGAUGCUGGUGGUGGACGAGGCCGACUUACUCUUCUCUUUUGGGUUCGAGGCAGACCUGAAGAACCUGUUGUGUCAUUUGCCAAAGAUCUACCAGUCCUUCCUGAUGUCUGCUACUCUCACAGAGGACGUUCAGGCCUUGAAGGAGCUGCUGCUACACAACCCUGUGAUCCUGAAACUUCAGGGCUCCCAGCUCCCGGACAGCAGCCAGCUGCAGCAGUACAGCAUCAAAUGUGAGGAGGAGGAGAAGUUCCUGCUCAUCUACACGCUGCUGAAGCUGCGACUGGUUCAAGGAAAGACGCUGGUGUUUGUGGGAGCAGUGGACAGAUGCUACAGACUGAAGCUGUUCCUGGAACAGUUCAGUAUUCCUGCCUGUGUGCUCAACUCUGAGCUGCCCGUCCAGUCCAGGAGUCACAUCAUCACCCAGUUCAACCAGGGAUUUUACGACUACAUCAUCGCCACAGAUGAACAGAGUUUGGCCGAUCCCUCUGCAGCUCCACCGACGAGUGCGGGCAAAGGGAAAAAGAAAAAGGCCGCAGAGAAAGGAGGAAAGGGCAAGGACAAGGAGUAUGGAGUCUCAAGAGGUGUGGAUUUCCAAAAUGUUGCCAAUGUCAUCAACUUUGAUUUCCCAACGACUGUAGAGUCCUACAUCCAUCGAGUUGGAAGAACGGCGAGAGCAGACAACCCAGGCACUGCCCUGUCGUUCAUCUCUAACACUGAGCUCGCUUUGCUGUCAGAUGUGGAGGAGGCUCUGACCGGAGAUAAUCCUGAUUCUGUUCUGAAACCAUACCAAUUUAAGAUGGAUGAGAUCGAAGGCUUCAGGUACAGGUGCAGGGACGCCAUGCGCUCAGUGACCAAACAGGCGGUGAAGGAGGCCAGGCUGAAAGAGAUCAAACAGGAGCUGCUCAAUUCAGAAAAACUCAAGACAUAUUUCGAGGACAACCCCAGAGAUCUACAGCUGCUCAGACACGACAAAGACCUCCAUCCUGCUGUCGUCAAACCGCACCUGAAGAACAUACCUGAGUACCUCAUUCCUGAGACUCUUAGGGGUGUGAUAAAUCCGCUGUCCAGCAAGAGGAGGAGGAAGAGGAAGGAAAAAUCAAAACCUGAAGGAGUCGUCAAGCCCAGUUUCAAGAAUAACAUCAAGCGGACAAACCCACUAAGGAGUUUCAAAUACAGUGGAGGAAGAGGCCGGAAAGGCAAAGCGGGCCAGUCUUAGCUGCAACUGCAGUCCACAUGAACGGGUGACAGUCCUGGAUGUUAAAACUGUGCAGAGACAUUGAAGAGGAGGAUUGUUUGGUCUCCAUGUUGGACCAGUUGAGACAAAUAUAAACUGUGUUCGUCAAAUCCGAAGCUUUACUGGCCAUGGACAAAAUCGACUUGUGCUGACCUGUGUGGACAGAAGAAAAUAUAAGAAUCAGUUUGAAUCUGGAUUUGUCAAAUCCAAACAUGAUGUACUGAAUGCAGUCUGAGGGAUAAAGUAUCUGUAUGAUCUCAUUUAUAAUAUGUUUAUUAAAAUAAAGCGUAUUCCCCACAAACUGA